UUUUAUCUCAUUUAUUUGUCAUUGCGAUUCGAUCGAGAAACAGUUGAAUUUUCGAGCAAUUCGUCGCGUUUUUUGAUGAUGAAAUAAUGAAAAUAUUUUACCACCUUCUUAAUGGCGAAAUACAUCGUGCAAAUUAUAGUUUUGGGUGGCCAAGUAGUGAGUAAAGCUUUCGUAAAAGCUCUCAGGCAAGAAUAUGCAGCCAGUCAAGCAGCAGCCAACAAAGCUGGCGGUGCGAAUAAAGGAUCAGCGAAUUCUCGCACGACAGCAGCAAAUGUCAAGGCUGGAAUCACACUUACCGAAGCUAUGCAGAUACUAAAUGUCGAUAAAAUCAAUCCCGAAGAUGUGAAUAAAAGAUACGAACAUCUGUUCAACGUUAACGAUAAGUCGAAAGGAGGCUCGUUUUAUAUCCAAUCUAAAGUCGUCAGAGCCAAAGAAAGAAUCGAUCAAGAGAUAGCUCAUCAUAAAACUGAUAAAACUGAAGAAUCAACCGACUCGAGUAAAUCUUGAAAGCUUGAAUUUAGCGUUCUGGUCAUGGUUACUGUAUCCUUUAAUAAUUACAUUCUCGUUAUUUUCUCUAUCACUUUAUUUUAAUUUAUUUUAGAGGUUGACAUGUGAUAGAUGAAUUGUAGAUGAUCGUGUAAAUAAAUCUUGUUGCUUUUUCUA